GUUGCUCCAGGCUCUCAUUCGGAGCAUCCAAACCACUAAUCGCACGCCAGUAGGCGGUACUCACCAUUUGGGUGAAUGCAGCCCCCAUCUCAUGCUGAAUACAAAGAUUCAAUUUCCUAGUUCAUUCUCACUAUCGCCUCAUCUGUCUGAUACUUCAUUCUCUGAACGAAAAGACUCCUGGUGCUCGCUCAUUGGCUUUAAUAAGAAGGGAUACGUUUAGCGUGGUACUUACAGCAUAUGGUGCGACUAGACUUCGGCUCUUUUAGGAGGUUACAUCUGCCGGUUCAACAGAUCAGCGCACUAAUAUAUAUGCGAGCCUCGUUUACGAUAGCUAUUUAAAUAUGCUCCGAGUCCCCAAAUCGUGGGUAAACUAUUAUGCACCGUCCUACGGGUCGCAAAUAACCCAGCAUGGCUUCUCUUGAAAAGAAGCCUGCCGCACCGGCCUGUUCGUCCUCAGAUGCUCCGGAAGCACUAAUCAAUCCGUCAGGCCACAAGCAGGAACUUGAGCGAAACUUCUCUCUAUUAACACUCGGUGGUAUGGCGAUUACGACAGGAAACGCAUGGGCGGCCAUGGGCGGCAGUCUGGUAGUUACUAUACAGGGGCCUUACGCAUGAGCGUGAUGUAUACUAACCUUGGUCCUUACUCUAGGCCGUUGCCGUAUAUAAUGGAGGCCCACCAGGUGUAAUAUAUCAAUUCAUUGCUGUGUGUCUAUUCUAUGGCCCGAUCUAUGCAUCCAUUGCCGAGCUAGCAUCAUCAAUCCCAUCGUCUGGUGGAGUCUAUCACUGGUCUUCUGUCGCUGGUGGUCGCUAUGGAAGAAUCUGUGGCUGGUUUUCUGGCUGGUGGAAUUGCCUGGCUUGGAUCUCUGCAGUGGCAUCCAUUUCGGCCAUUCUUGGUACUCAAGCUGUCAGUAUGUAUGCCAUUUUCCACCCUACAUUUAGCCCGCAGCCAUGGCAUGUCUUUGUCAGCUAUCUGGCGUGUACUUGGCUAUCUUGUGCCAUUGUCCUCUUUGGCAACAAGCAUCUCCCGUUUGUUGGGAAUUUAGGACUUCUCUUUAUACUUUCCGGGUUCUUUGUUACAAUAUUGGUAUGUCUAGUCAUGCCCAAAGUACGAGGUGAUCCAUACGCAACAAGUGAUACUGUUUGGAGAGAAUGGACAAACAGUACGGGCUACUCGAGCAAUUCUCUGACUUUUCUGAUUGGUAUGCUCAACGGAGCUUACACCAUUGGAAGCACAGACUGCGUGACACACUUGGCAGAAGAGAUUCCCAGGCCAUCUCGGAAUAUCCCUAAAAUCAUGGCGGCGCAGUAUUUGAUCGGGUUUUCCACCGGGCUGCUCUUUGUCAUUUCUGUCUUCUACGCAGUUGACGACCUCCCUACAGCCCUUUCUAGUGUCCCCAUUUUCCCGCUAGCCGGUUUAUACAAACAGGCCGUAGGGACAAGCGGUGGUGCGCUCGGGCUGUUGAUCAUUGUCUUCCUUCCCACCUUUAUUACUUGCAUCGGCUGUUACGUCACCGCUGGUCGAACACUCUGGACCUUGUCACGCGACAACGCACCACCAUUCUGUAACUUGCUACGACAAGUCCACCCGACGCUACACAAUCCCUUCAACGCCACGCUGGUUUGUGCGUUGUUGAGUACUCUGAUGGGAUGUAUUUACGUCGGUUCGAGGACAGCCUUCAACGCACUCAUCGGAUCCUAUGUCAUAUUCUCAACCUUAUCGUACCUUGGAGCUAUUCUUCCUCAUCUACUUAGUAUGCGUCGCAAUAUCAAGCCAGGUGCGUUUUGGAUGGAUGGGAUGACUGGUUUCAUUGUCAAUGGCAUAAGCUGUCUGUACAUUGUGGUAUUCAUCGUCUUCUUUUCAUUCCCCUAUGUUAUGCCUGUAGGCGCAGACAACAUGAAUUACACUUCAUUAAUCGUAGGAGGACUGACCAUGUUCAUCAUCGGCUUCUGGUUCUGGCGACAAGGCGAUUACAAAGGGCCGAGAAUGGUUGACAUGGAAGAGGUCCACGCGCCAGCAGCCAUCUAGAUCAGAUAAGAGAGGAUCGAAUUUGAUUCAAAUAGAUGCUUUGGCAUUGAAAAUACCGUAGUAACGCCAUUAUAUGCUGCGUCUAUAAUACACAUCGCUUCAAGAUAUUCUACAAUAUACACCAGUAUUCGUACACCAACCACGAAAAUCAACUCAUUUGCGAGCGACAGCAGUGCUAAAGGUCUCGUCCAACAGCGCUGCCAUGAAAUUUCCAAACCGCUCAGGGGAAUUUGCUGCAGCUUUUGCAGGAAACUGCACAUAUACCCAGAUUGUCCCCCGAAUCUCCCUGCCUCUCUCCGAGGACUUGCCCGAGGCAUCGUACCCUCGUGCAGCCAGAGCGCUAUACAGAGCAGACUUCAUUCUACGCUGCGUCAUUGUGCGAACUACAGCUUUAUCCACGGCACCUCCAGAAAAUAUUACCCACAACGCAUCAUUCUGUAGCUGCCUCUCAUAUUUUUCUCGGACAAUUGGCAUGCGGGCGUGACCGCGCGGGUCAAGAUAACAGAGGUCGUGGGGAUGUAACACAUGGCGGGUGCUGUAGGAGAGCGAGACGCCAUAAUCAGCCGAAAAGCGUCGAAUAUCUGGGCUAACCACCCUCUUCAUCUUGGCCGUAUCGAAGUCGAAGUUGGGAUAUCUACGAAACAUGUCGAUGUUGUCGUCGGUCGUUCGCAGAGGUCCCUUUGGUCCCAGGAACUUUAUAGCGCAUUCAGGGACAUAACGCGGCAUUGGCGAGGUCAAUUUGACAUCUGUGCUUUUCGAACGGGAGACAUCGCCGGUCGAAUAGAAUCGCAGGCUUGGGUGUAAGGCUGCCCGCCUGCAGGCGCCAGAUACCCUCGACGCGGCCAUGAGCAAAACUUGUGCGCUGCCUCUGGUAAUCACCGCAUGGCCAAAUGGUUUAGUUUCGUUUGGAAGGUAGAGUCAGAGCGGUGAUUCAGCUCCAAGCUCAGUUGCUAAUGGCUCAGUCGUGACUGGUCGAACGAGGGCGUGAUGUCGGCGGUGCUGGUGAUGCAAGCUUGCUAAGUGGUGGCGGUUGGAAGGUUAGGGGAGUGACCUCACACUGGCGUGGCGGGCUACAAAGGUACUUCGGAGCAUACCAAAUGUACACCAAGAUUCCAUGUACCUUCACAUCUGAUCGGAAAGGGCUCCAUUAUUGGGCACAUGGGCCACUGAGUCACAGUGGAGCCAGUGGCCGGGCGCCCAC